UGUCGAAACACGUAACUAUGCUUUUAUAAGGGUUGCAGUGAAGAGAUUGUCUUGAGUCUCAGAAGAGACUUUGAACUUUGAACAAUAGUCAGACUGUGAAAGUCUAUGGAGACUUUUAAGUUUGACUAAGUAUACAGUGGGUUAGCCUAAUGCUGCCUGUAUUCUAACCCUAAUUUGAGCCCCCUAUACUUGCUGUCACAAGAGAUGGCAUCUGCAGGAAAGACCUAAGAUGCUGAGUGACCCUGCACCCACACUACUUCUGAUGGGGAUAUAAAGGUGCUUAACAGUUUACGUUUCACAGGCCUGGGCUCCAAGAACGAACAUAAGGGAAGAGGAGUGGAGAACUCAGAGGGAGGAGCCGCCAUGAGUGAGGUGAGCUAUGUGAAUGUGGCCCUGAGGGCUGGUCAAUUGGAGUUAAGAGCAGCCCAGAUGAAAUAUAGUAAAUAGUAAUAAUAUCGAUAGGAAAGUAGAUUCAAACAGCAUGGAGGGCAGACCUCAUCUACCCAGCUCUUAUGUUAAUGCUUAUUAUAAAUAUAAACAUUGUGUAUUUCUCCCGGGAAUUCACAUACCAAAGGAGGGGUAGAAACAAAGGCCAGGAUUUAAAUAAUUUCCACAACAUGAGGGCAUUUUAUGAUAGAGCUGUAAGCCUAUGAAGGGACAAAGGGGAAUGUGGGGGUUUGAAUGAACUCCCAAAGGCUCAUCUGUCUGAAUGUUUACUUCCCAGUUGGUGGAACAGUUUGGGAAGGAUUAGGAGGUGUGUCACUGGGGGUGUUUUUGUGGUUUCAAAAGCCCACAGAAUGUGGACAAGCCCUUCCCUUGGAAUGAGGGGGUGGGGACAGAAGGUGAGCAGGCCUCUCUCGGUGGAUAGAGAGAAACAGAAAGUGGGCAAGACUGUCUUUGACAGGGUAUGCAGGUGGAAACAGAGCUAUGAAAAGCUGUGGAGGACAGAAGACCUGUGGAGGCUGAUAGAUGGAGGACAAGGAAGAGAGAUGGAGAAUAGGGAGAUUGGUGGUCCCCUCUUCCCAUUACCCCUCCCCCAAUCUCAGGGGCCCUUUGUGACAGGGACCCAGGAGCUCUGUGAUGUAGGCCUGGGAGCAGCUGCUAACACCCAGAGCGAACCAUCAGAGUUCAGUUGCCUGAGGGCAACAGUGUGAUUCAGUCAGAGAACCUUCUCUCCCUGAUGCAGCCUGAAGGAAUGACAAAUUAAAACAUUCGCUCAGGCAUCCAGUACAAGGCCACGCACUACCUUCACGGAGUGCCAGGCACUUGUAGGGCACGACGGUGCCAUGGAACUACCUUCACUUCCGUUUCCUCCAACCGAAUGGAUCAGCCUCAGCUUCACGACGUGGGCAAUGGACAUGAUCCUGGCCUUCGCCUGUGGACUGGGCCUCUUCCACCUGUGGAUACAUGUCUUCCCACUCACCUCACCCUCACCUGCAGAGGGCGCCUCCACCACCACCAAAAGGGUAAGACUGCCUUCCAUCCACACCAACACAGCCUUCUCUAUUAGGGCAACACUUUCCAAAUCCAAUAGGGAGGUGGCGGACAGGGCAUCUCAGCAGACGGGAACCACAUCCGCAUGAGAACUCACGGGUAGGACGGGGAGAGAGGGCUGCGUGAUAUCUGCUCUCAGACCUCCUAGAGCAGAAAGAAGCACUAUGUCUCAGUGGUCACGGAACUGUGGACCUGGGAUGGAUAGGCUCCACUAAGAAACGUUCUGAACACUGGUUCCUCUGUCCCCCUCCUCACAUUAAUGCUCACACAACAUUGUCUUGGUCAGCUGAGCUCAUGUGAAGAGGGUGAUGCACUCCUGGACAUAGGAUCAGGACUUGAGUCACAUCUGGCCUCAGGAAAUGACAAGGCAGUUCGGAGCUGAGCUUCAGCUUACUGAGGUGAAAGAACACUGACCAAUGACAUCCGUGGUGGGUCUCACGGAGACCGUCCACACUUGGGAUUUUCAAGGGAAAAGAAUACAGACUUACCCCUCAUCACAGGGGUGUGAAUGGGGCCGCAGGUGGUGUCUGUUAUCUCUGUCUAUUAGGUGGUGAAGAGGGACCACAACAAGGCCAGGAAGAAAAUCAGGACCUUGAAAGGUAGGCUCCUUCCUUCCCCUGGACAGGUGACUUCAUCUACCCUGUCCCCAAGGGAUGACACCAAAUGAGUUGCAGACCAUGCGGCUGUGGCUGCAUGGAAGGAAUCAGAAGUGAAGACAUUGCCGAGGUGCUGCGCUCAGAAUAAAGCCAGGGACGACCAUGGUUGGCUGCGGUCAGGAGGGUGGUGUGGGUCGGACCAGAAACAUGCUGCAUGCGUCUGCAGGCAAAUGGGUUACUUCACUUCUCUAAGACACUUUCCUCUUCCACUACACUGGACCUCCCUCCUCUCCACAGGGACAUUAUGAAGUCCAUGGAGCUCGGCGGAAAUGGAAGCCUCCGGUCUAUGGUCAGGUCCUAUCCCACAUGUGCCCAGCACUUAGUGCUUUGGGGCCUGUGUCCUCAUUCAGCAAAGCUUGAGCUCCUGUUUAGUUGAUCAUUUCCACAGAAGGGACAUUGCAUUCAGGCUCCCGUAGGCUCUCAGUUCUCUCCUUUACCCACAAUCACCCCAUCUGUAUUUCUAGCUUACAGAGGCUACAGCAGGAAGAGAGGGAAGGAUGACAGGGGACUGCUUUCGCUCCUGCAGAGCCUGCUUACUGACACCAUCAGCUUUUGCCAGCUCUUAAGAAGAGAUGCCUCGGCUCAAGGAUCCAGACCAGAAGCUGCCGAAGACCACCAGCCACCUAGGCAUUCCACAGAGCAGUCUAUGGCCAACUUGCCUCUAGUGGCCUCCUUCCCUCUGGUCAAGGAACACUUGCUGCACAAAGAUUCAACUUUGUCACCUACCCUGCUAAAUUCCCUUACUUGUAAGGAAUCACAAACACUUACAUGUGAUUCUACCCCACCAGUGACGACAAUGCCAAAAAUGCAUCCUUUACCACGACCAUGUGGCCCAACCUCCCCAUCCUGUCCUCAAGAUCCAGUGUUCUGCUCUCCAUCCGAGACAGACCAAAGCAUGACUCCUCCUCCUUCUCCUCCUCUUCCUCCUCCUCCUUUUCCUCUGAUCUCUCUUCCUCCUCCUCCUCCUCCUCUAUCCCUUCCUCCCUCUCUUCCUCCUCCUCUUUCCCUUCCUCCCUCUCUUCCUCCUCCUCCUCUUUCCCUUCCUCCCUCUCCUCCUCCUCCUCCUCUUCCUCCUCCUCCCCUUCCUCUUUUUCCUCCUCUUUCUCUUCCUCCUCCACCUCCUCCUCUUCCUCUUCCUCUUCCUUCUCCUCCUCCUCCUCCUCCUCCUCGAUGUGAGUGGAAAACACAACUAGUGACCUCACGAAGCACAUCUCCUCCAGCUUUGCCUUGUCCCAUGGCAAGCCCCCCAGGCCUUGAGCACUCAAACAUGUCUCCUUCAAGCUCUUCCUGGUACAAGGCGGCUGCCAGGACCUGGUGUCAUUCUAAGUGGUCACAGGAUGAGACCCUGCAAGAGGAUCUCCAUUUCAGCUUCCAAGAGGCCUCAUUGUGGACAGACCCUGGAUACAGGCAGCUAGAGGCUGGAGAACCCCCGUUCAUCAAGCCUGAUGUGCAGAAGAUACUGGAGCUGCAGAUUAGCAAGAGGGUAGAACUGAAGCUCUGGAAAGAGCAAGGAAGGGAGAGCUUUGACCACGCCUUGAGCUGUGUGGGUGAUAUGCUGCAGUCCUGGAGCAGCGAGCAGGCCAUCACCUGCAAGUCAGAGCAGCUCUCAGGUCUCCAUCAGCUCUUUUCCCCCAGGGUCUUCUGGAACAAGUCUCAGAAGGACUGCAGGCAGCUUUACUGGGGCCUCCCCUUUCUUCACAGUGAGUCCCUUAUGGCUACUGUCAGCAUGGUGGGCUCACCACUCGACUCCCCUGCCAUCUUUUUCAAUGAACUCUCUCCUUACAACUUAAGACAAGCUGAGAGGAAUGCAGCUCCACUGCUCUUCUCUCCAAAGCCCUUGCUUCAACACUUGGUCCCUUCCAAUCCUUUGACUACAAACGUGCCAUACCCCCGUUCGCCACCAGGGUCUGGAGUCAAAACCCUGUCCCCUGACCUAACCUCCCUCCCAAGCCUACAACCCAAUCCACCUCCAACUAGGGAUUCCAGGGCUUCCUGCCCCAUAGAUUCAAAAUCCCAACUUAUUUUCCCAGUUGCUGUUCAACACCUAGAUCAGCACCUUUUGAAGAAGAACCAAGAAAGUAGGAGCGAUUUACCUAGUGUAGUGAAAAUGUCACAGGAAGUCUCUCAUCAACUCAUUUCCACCAGUUUAGCUUCCCAGGGACAAGACUCUGUUCUCCACCUCCUGAAGGAUUUCACUGACCCCCAGCUCAAACAGCACCUAGAGCAACACUUAAAAACCAGGUUCUGGAAACAUGAGGACCAAAAGAUCCAGCUAUCUACUUAUCUCAUGAAGUCUGAGGACAAACUCCCAGGGAUGGGUCAUGCAGAAGAUAAUCGAGGGACUUCAUGUUCCUCAGCACUGGCAGGAAAAAGCAGCCCGCAUGCACAGAGGGUCUCAGCAAAAGGUCCAGAGAUACUCCAGACAGGGAAGGACCCAUGCUGCGAUCUGACAAACGGUCCAGGAAGACCUCUGAGAGAUACUGAUGGGAUCACAGAGGGAUCACUGGGCACAGUUCUAGACUCGAUCGCUGUGACAGAGGUGGAGAACUCUGUGAGACAGCCAAGAAGCAACUCAGCAGGUCCCCAGCCAGGAGGACCAGGAGAGCAGCAGCUACAAGACACACUGAGGAACCACUUCAGUGAGCACAGCCAUGACAAUGACAGUAUGGUGCCUGUGGGCACUUGCCCUGGAAUUCCGGGGGACCACAUGGUGGUCCGUCGUGAAAACUCAGAGACCCAUUUGGACAACUCAGAAAUUGAAAAACCAGAAACAAAUAUCAAAACGGAGAAGCAGAUGUCGUUGAAUGAUGGGUCCAACUUCAAAGAUACUUCUCCUGGGCUUCCCUUGCUAGAUCCUGACGUCCAGCAGGUGCUGGAAACUCAUCUUUCAAGACGCCUGGUGAGGCACAGAUGGAUCUUGCCCCUCAGAGGCCUCAGGGCCCUACAACUCUUCAAGGUGAACAAGGCUGUAGCUUUGUCACUUCCACAACCCCCAAGUCCCUCUCAGACAUCUUUGAAAUCUAGGGAUGACUCUGUUACAAAAAUUGCUGCUGUCCUGGGAGACCCUUUCCAGAAAGGUUCAGAAGGAGAUCUGAAAAGAAAAACAGUUUUCCAGAGUCAAACCCCUCCCUCUGCCCUCAACCUUGAAUUUCCAAGUGGAACUCGUCCUAGUGACAAAUUAUGCCCCUCUGAGUCCCCUUCAAAUGUCCAGAAGAGCAGAGUGGCUUCCUUGUACAGGACACGCAGCCUUGUAGUCAGAGACCGGCACAGCGACACAGUUCUAGGACCUCGGAAUGACAACCCAGUGCCAGGUCCAAACCUACUCAAGAGUGACCAUGCCUCACAGGAGAGUGAGGGUGCAGAUUUAGACCUCUCCCAUGGGCUGUCAGUUCAGGGGACCAUUGUAGACGCCUGCCCAACAACUAGCAGAGAUAAAAGGGAGCUGGAGGAGGAGGGGUCCUGUGACUGGGCUCUCAAUGCAGAAGCCAGGGAAGUGUCACCCACUCAGAGUAAAGAACAUCUGAAAGGUAUAGAAUCCCUGAAAGUCAAUGAAAAACAGUCCCCUUCCAGAGCCAUUUCCAAGGAGCCAGAAGAUUCUGUUACUGCUGUCUUCCUGCAGGACUGUAGCACUGGCAUGAUCUUUCAAGACUGUGGCCCAGAGGUCCUGCUGGAGGCAGAUCUCCUAGCCUCUCAGGCCUCACAGUCAGGCUUCAGGACUAGGUCCACUACCAGCAAAACAUCCUCCAGGGACAUGUACCCUUACUUUUCAAGAGGAGGGAAUGUGCCCAAGAAUAUUAAAUCUGAAGAACCAUGGACUAGCCAUAUCUAUGAUCUAACUAAAUACAAAGAGGGCUUUAGGGGCCCCAGGCAAGAUAGACACCUUUCACAGACAAGACCUGCCCAAGCCUGCUGGUCAGAUACUCGUGAAAACAAUUCCUCCCCUCUACCAGAAAAAAAAAUUGGGGACAGGAUAAAAAGUUUUAUGACACACAUUAUGUCAAGUAAAAGUAAAGUGCAGGAGAACUUCCUGCACAAACACAAGGCCUCAUCAGUCACUUCCCUAAGUCAAGGCUCAGUCAUGAGAAGGGUGUUUCUGCCCCCACAGGUAGCUGAGGCUCAGGACUUCACGAUCUCGGUCAGGCCUAUUCUACAGGAGAAAGUGGGGGUUGGCCAUGCCAGGACAGCCUCAAAGAAAAGUUUGCACAAAGACCCACCCCAGGCUCCUAUGGGCAGGCAUGUCUGCCUCCACAGGACUGCCACUGCAGAAAGACACGAAACACAAGGAAACACUCCCAAGGUACACAGCCAACCUUCCACAGACAAAUGGAUGGACUACACCUGCCAGGCCCAGCUGCUCAGAGAGUCUGUGAUCAGAACUCAAGCCUGUCAGCACAGGUUACAGCCACCAUGUUUCUCAGGCACCCCGGUCUACUCUCCGUGGCACUGCCUGUGCAGAAGUGAGCUGUCUAGAAAAGCAAAAGCUUUUCUACACCUAUCGGGAUAGGAAAUUUCCCCAUGAAAAACUAGUCUUUUCAAAAACAAAAACAAAAAAAAAAGAAAAAAGAAAACAAAA